AUGCGGGGUAGCAUCGCCGGCAUUGAGGACGGUAUCACCGGCACACCGUUCAAACCGAGCUACCACGGGUUGAUGCUCGAGCUGGUCGACUACCUGUACGCGUCACUGGUAGUGGCCCCGCUGGUGGUAUGCUACUGGCGGGGGACCUGGAACCUGAUGGGCGAGUACAUCUACCCAUCCGAUCUGACCACCAGCCUGAUCGUGUCCCUGGCCAUCGGCAUUGUGGGCCACAUCGUGUUCAACCUCUUCCAGGCGACGCUGCGCCAGCAUCUGAACGCGGACAAGCACCGGAUAGCGUACUACAUUGGGUCGCGCAUGUACACCACCAUCUACGGGGCGGUAUGCGUUAACUGCUGGCGUGGCGGCUGGCAGCUGAUCGACCUGUACACAACGCACGACGUCCUGUACGUGGUGCUGAUCACGCUCGGCUGCCUCUUCAUCCUUGCCUGUCUCAAGGGUGUACGCAAUGUGAUGGGGACGCCGUUUCUCAUCGUCAACGACUCGAGACGGGAGUACUUUGACGUACCGACGUACUUCAAGCUAACGGGCUCGAAAGAUCCAGGACUUUACGUGCUGGACUGUAUGUUUAGCGUGCUGGUGAUCGGUUCGCUGGUGGUGUUUGUGUGGCGUGGCCUUUGGGUACUACUGGACAUGAAGCUCUUCCCGGAAGAUCAUGGCACAUCGGCAUGGGCAUCCAUAAUUAUUGGUUACGGUGUGACUGGGGUGACCUUCUCGCUGCAGCCGCUCAUGCGGUGGACCUGUGACCGGUUGACCGGUUUCUGGCGCGUGGUCGUCGCCGAUAUGUUCCUAUUCUUCAGCUUCAUUGGCACAAUCAACGUGUGGCGAGGUAUCUGGCAGGCGCUCGAUACGUACUUUCUGCCCAACGAACCACUGCUGAGCAACUGGAUAACGCACGGUGCCGCACUGCUGCUGCUGAUACUGCUGAACUGCUCCAACUCGGUGCUGGUGCGCGGUGUUUACAUCGAUGCGGAGGAACCGGCCGGCCAGUGUGUCGUAUUCCCCGUCUACUACAUCAGGCUGUUCUUCCAGAAGGAGCGCAAGAAGAAGCAGCGGCGUCUGUUCGAUGCACUCGAGCGGGCGGAUCUUAACAGUACCGGCGGUGUGCUGCAGGAUAAGAAGCAUCAUCAUCAUCCACAACAUCAGCUCCCACCGCAGCAGCAGCAGGAGCAAAAGGAGCCACAAAAGGAGCCGCAGCAUCACCAUCACAUCACGGCAGACCAGAAUCAUCAGGUGAUCCGCAACCUGGAAGCCGUGCCGCUUACGAUAAUAGACGAUCCAAAGAGUAAUGGUGAUCACAGUAGUCAAGCGCCUAGAAUGUAA